AUGAAAGAAAUAAUCUAUAGCAAAGGAAUGAGCCAAGUACAAUCCUCUGAUCUUGAUGCUUCAUCUACUCAAUCCGGUCUUAAUAGCAACCUCAUUCAGGGUGAAAUAACUCAACCUCCAACUCCAUUGGAACAAAGUAAUGAAGUGACUAAUGAUGAAGAAACUGUUAAUAAGAAAAGGAAAGUUGGAGAAGCUUCAACGUUGGCCACAUCCAAUGAUCCUAAUGUUGCUGCUGGAGAUUCAGGUAACAGAAAACCUAUUAAAUCUAGAUCUUGGACUUGGGAGCAUUUUACAAAAAUAGGAUCAAGAGCCAAGUGUAAUUGGUGUGAUGUAACAUAUGCCGCUGAUUCACAAAGAAAUGGCACUAGUAAUUUGAAACACCAUUUGUUGAACCAAUGUAAGAAGUUUCCCAAAGAGUCUCUUGAUCCCACUCAACAGACUCUUGUUCUCCAACAACUGCAAAAAGAAGAAGGGAAUGGAUCUGGUAGUGUUCUCACUAGUGUCCAUUUUGAUGUUGAGGCAUGUAGGAAAGCGUUAGCUAGGAUGAUUAUUGUUGAUGAAUUGGCUUUUAAAUUUGUAGAGGGAGAGGGGUUUCUUCAUUUUAUGAGUGUCGUGCAACCUAAACUCUCAAUUCCUAAAAGGGUUACAAUUGCUAGAGAUUGUUGGGAUUUGUACAAGAGUGAGAAACAAAAGUUAAAAAGUGUGUUAAGCAAAUCAAAUCAAUGUGUAUGUCUUACAACUGAUUGUUGGACAUCUGUGCAAAAUUUAAGUUAUAUCUGUCUCACUGCACAUUUCAUUGAUCAUGAUUGGAAAAUCCAUAAAAGGAUUCUGAAUUUCUGUCCAAUUGUGAAUCACAAAGGAGUAACCAUUGGCAAAAAAAUUGAAAAAUGUUUGGAGGAAUGGCUAAUAGGUAAUGUUUUCACCAUUACGGUGGAUAAUGCUAGUUCCAAUGAUAUCGCAAUCACUUACUUGAAAAAUACAAUGAAUGAUUGGAAUUCACAUCCAUUGAAAGGGGAACAUAUGCAUGUUCGGUGCUGUGCACAUAUUCUGAAUCUGGUGGUCCAAGAUGGACUCGAAGACUAUCAUUCUUCAAUUAGUAAGAUUAGGAAUGCUGUUAGAUAUGUUCGUGCGUCUCCGGGUCGUAUGGAUAGGUUUAAAACCUGUGUUAAGGAAGCUAGGUUACAAGAAAACUCAAUUGUUCAGUUGGAUGUUUCCACUAGGUGGAAUUCCACAUAUCUUAUGCUCGAAAGUGCAUUGAAGUUUCAGAAGGCAUUUAAGAGAUUGAGUGAGAAGUGUGUUGAUUUUGUGUUGAUGAAAGGUGGUAUUCCAAAUAAUGCAGAUUGGGAUAAUGCAAAGUGUUUUGUUAAUUUCUUGAAAAUAUUUUUUGAUAUUACAAAGAAAGUUUCAGGUUCUACUUUUGUAACCUCUUCUCAAUAUUUCAGCAAACAUAUUAGGAUAUUGACUACUUUGAAAGGGUGGAUAGAAUUAAAAAGUUCAGAUAACUUGCUUGGAAAUAUGGCUGAAAAUAUGAAAGUUAAGUAUGAUAAAUAUUGGGGUGAUGUUGAGAAAAUGAAUAUGCUGAUAUUUGUUACUGUUGUGCUUGAUCCUCGACAUAAGAUGCAGUUUGUUAGGUGGGGCUUGAAUAGGGCAUAUGGAAAGGAUGUUGCUGAAUCAUUGUCUAAAAAAACAGAGGAGACAAUAUAUAAAAUAUUUGAGAGUUAUAGGCUUUUCCUUGAACUUAAAGCACCUGAGGAUGCAUUUGCUUUGGAGGUUGAGAUGAACAUGAAUCUCAAUGAUUGCAUGCAGAAAAAUGAAGUGGAUUUGUAUCUCAUGGAGAGUUUGGAGAAGAAAUGUCCUGGUUUUGAUAUCUUGAACUGGUGGAAGGUGAAUUCCAACAAGUAUCCUAUUCUCGGUAAAAUGGCUAGAGAUGUAUUAGCCAUGCCUGUGUCUACUGUAGCUUCGAAAUCCGCUUUCUCUACCGGAGGUAGAGUGCUUACUUGUUAUAGAAGCUCUCUCACGCCAAAAAUAGUUGAAGCUUUAAUUUGUACACAAAAUUGGUGUAAAUCUUCCCCAGUUUCGGUCGAUAUUGAAGAGCUUGUGGAUGAGUUAGAAAAUCUGGAAUUAGAACUUGCUCCAAUCCCACAAUUGAAUGAAGGUCUAUCUGAUAUAGAUUCUGAUUAG